AUGCCUGACGACCUAGAGGAACGGCUCAAGAGCCAUGCACGUGCCUUUGAUAGUCUUUUGUCGAUUAUCCCUGCGGACCACUACUAUUCAGGAGAUGUCAGCGGUCAAUGGAAGCGCAAAAAGCAAACUCCAGAGCAAAAGCGGGCAGCGAAAAUGGCAAAACUGGACCCAGACAAUUGGAAGAGUGCAAAGGACCUCAUGGAUGAAAGAGCCGCUGCAGAAUUGAAACGGAAAAGAGAUGCCGACGAAGAUGAAGAUGAUGCAGUUUCUCCUGCUGCGCUAGACUUCACGGAGAUGGAACAACCAAAGGUCUUGCAGGAGGCACAAGCCCACAAAUCCAAAAAGCGGAAAGUGGAAGGCGAGAUUGCACCUAUCGAAGAAACAGAAGAAGAGAGAAAACGUCGAAAAGCACAGAACAGAGCCGCAAAGCGAGCGCGAAAACAGGAGCGAAAAGCCAAAGCCAAAGAGAAGCUAGAACGACGGAGGGCUAAAAAGAAGGAAGCACAGCAAUCCAACUCAUCCGCGAAGUUGGGUUCUAAAAAUGGACAAAGCGAGGUACAACUGAAGGAAUCAAUCAACCUAGACACCCUAGAGCUCGAACCCACCAUAAACGACCAAGCUUCUACAGCUUCUUCCGAUGGCGAACAGUCCGCAAUUUUCUCCCCGCAACAUGAGUCCGGCGUUUCGUCAACCUCUUCAAUCCAACCGGCGACGAUUGAAGAAACGAUCAAUAAAACGACGCCUAAUCAAACCCCUCAAUCGUCAUCUGCCAAUAUCAAUCCAACUCAGACCCCUCGAGAACGACUACAGGCGGCGAUAUCGCAACUUCGAGCGGAACGGAAAGCCGACGGUGUGGAUGGCCGUCCUCCAAAAAAUCGACAAGAAUUGCUAGAGCAGCGGCAUCGAAAGGAAGAAGAGAGAAAGGCUGCUAAGAAAGAACAAAAGAGACGAGAGAAAGAAGAAGAAGCUCGGCGACAGGAUGAAGAGAUUGCGCGACGGUUCUCGCCUGGGGGCUCCGGUUCUCUCUUGGCAUCACCUCAUUCCCCCGUUGUCGGCGACAGCAGCUCCCACUCGAGUUCCAACAACAACUUUAGCUUUGGCCGUAUCGCCUUUGAGGACGGCACGCAUUUUGACCCUUCAUCUUCCGAGGCUGUCGAAGAACACAAAAAGAAAGGGCCCAGAGACACAGCGUCAGUGCUCAAAGCAGCAGAGGCGAAGAAAUCUCGACUUGCUGGUCUAGAUGAGCAGAAACGCCGCGAGAUCGAACAGAAAGAUAUGUGGUUGAAUGCUAAACGACGCGCCCAUGGCGAACACGUUCGUGACGACACCAGCCUGCUGAAGAAGGCAUUGAGAAGACAGCAAGGGCAGAAGAAGAAGAGUGAACGUGAAUGGAAUGAUAGAAUUCAAGGUGUACAGAGAGCCCAGGAUGCGAAACAGAAGAAACGAGCGGAGAAUCUGGCUAAAAGGAAAGAGGAGAAACAUGCGGGCGGCGCAAAGAAAGACAAGAAAUUAAGAAGACCUGGCUUCGAAGGCAGCUUUAAGGGGAGGACCGGUGGAAAGAAAAAGACAUAA